GUUGUUGACAUCUACUGAUCCAGAAAGCCGGAUUGUGAAGAUGACAUAUGUACUUGAUUUAAAUUAUCGUAUUGAUGAAAAUAAUAUUUUUGAAACAUCAAAAGAUAUAAUAAUGAAAGUAAAACCCAGUUGGAAUCGCAGUAAUUUAAAUUUCAAGGUCUUUGAUGAGGGUAUAACAAAUAAACUGUUAGGAGUUUUUCAAGAAUCCAGUAUAGGACAGGCUAAAGACGUUGUUCUCAUUCGAGUGUAUGGUGAAAAGACUGACUUAAUCAUUGACCGAAAUGCAGAAAAGAAAAAUAUGGCUGAACUUUUUGAGGCAGGUCUGUGUCCACCAUUGUAUGCCACCUUUGAGAAUGGUUUGGCGUAUGGAUUUGCUCAAGGAGUCACAUUAGAUGAGAAGACAGUGAGAGAUGAAACGAUUAGAAAACUUAUUGCAAAAGAGAUGGCAAGACUUCACACUGUACAGCCGAAACACAUAUCCAGCAAAAAUAGUGCCAUGUUUGACAAACUGAGAGAAUGGUUUAACAUAAUUCCAGAAAGCUUUUCUAAACCAGAAAUGAAUGAUAAGUUUAAGACAAAGAUUCCAUCAAAGGAAAAACUAGAAUCAGAAUUAUUAGAACUAGAACAGUGCAUAGAGGGCCUGGGCUACCCAAGUGUGUUCUCUCAUAACGAUCUCUUGCUCAAAAACAUCAUCUACAACAAAGAAGAAGGAAAAGUGACUUUUAUUGACCAAGAAUAUGGAAUGUACAACUAUCAGCCUUUUGAUAUUGGCAAUCACUUCUGUGAAUAUGCAGGAAUUGGAGAUGUAACGGAUUACUCCCUUUAUCCAGAGGAAGCAUAUCAGUUGUCAUGGAUACGGGAGUACCUGGAGGAGUGGUCCAGACUGACCAGUGGCCCUGCAGUGACCGAUACUGACGUCAGGAAAAUGUACUGUGGUGUAAACAAAUGUGCACUGGCAGCUCACUUCUUUUGGGGAGUGUGGGGAAUCAUCCAAGCCAAAUUUUCCAGCAUCGAUUUUGAUUAUUUAGAGUAUGCUGUUAUUAGAUUAAAUGAAUAUUUUGCAAGAAAGAAGGAGUUUCUUGCCCUUCAGUGAAAAAUAUUCUAUUUGGAUCAUACCAUGACCACCAUAUUUAUACACCACUAGAACUUCUUGUUUUUCAAGCAACAUCUAAAUCAUGUAAUUGUUAAGUUUAUAAGUGCCUUUGCUUUUAUUUCUAGAAUUUGAAUUGUAAUUAUUUUUAAAAUUUUAUAUUUAUGAUGAUGACAUUUUUUAUGUCGUAAAUAAUCCACAUAAAACUUUGGAGAAAUCCCAAGAAUGGAGGUUGAAAAACGUGUAUAUGAAGAAAUCUCAUCUCCUUUCGACAUAUACAUGUACAUUGUAUUCCAGAUAUUGAUGUUCAAGAUACAAAGCUCAGAAAUAUGUUGGCAAAUUUCUAACUUACAGUAUCAAAUUUAAGGUUAAGAGUCCAAGAAUGUGUUCUAAAACACAUUUAUGAUAUACAAUCAUUUUUUUCCAAGUAAAAAAAAAUUGUUUUAAAUAUUAUGACAUCUUGAGCUGUAGAUUUUAUUUCAUGAAGGAAUUUCCAGAUAUUUGAAAGAAAUAUGGUAUAUAUUUUUAUAUUUUAGAAAUAAAGCACUGCAAGAAACUAUUUGCUUUUUGUAAGUGAAACAAUAAUUUCAAUGCCUGGUAUUUCAAAACAGACAAUGAAAAUUCACCUUGUUGAACUUACGUCAUUUGUAUAAGGAUUAAAACUUUAAGUCUACAACUACAGUGCUUUUUAUUUCAGUGUUUUUAUCAAGAGUUUUAAUAUGACAUAUUGCAGUGCCCAUGCAGUUAAUAUACUGACAAUUUCAGCCAUCUUCAUAAAAUUAAUUCUACUGAAAAUUAUUGCACCCAGGGCUAAUUUUUACCGAUUUUCACAGCAUAUUAGAAUUAUGAAAAAAAAUUCUUCUUUUAUAGCCCUCCAUUGUUAAGAUGAAAUAUCAUUAACUGUAAAAUCACAUAUUUUUGUGGGGGCAAAUUUUUCAAGGUCUGAGAAAAAAAUUAUUGAUUUGUGGCGAUUUGAAGUGUUAGUAGUGCUGCAUAUUAAAUUUUACAUUUUGUGGUGGUCAUGAAUUCAUAGGUCUCUCCAUACCUCGAAAACAAUGAAAAUUAAACACCCAUGAAAAUUUGUGAUUUCACAGUUCAUGUACUAAGUCAAAAGUCAAAUCUAUAAGAUAGAUAUACGCAAAUUUCAUCUUUCAUGACUGGUGGUUUAAUGAUAUUUUGAUAUUGAAAUGUGUAUUGUGAUGUACAAUAUGUGUCAAUUCACACAAGUUUUUGAGAGAAACAAUCUACAAAUUAAGAAAUCAUGUAUAGACAGAAAGACAGUGAUUAUGUUUCCACAAAAUGUUAACAUUAAAAAUUGUUAACAAUGUUAACAUACAUGUGUCUAAAAUUUAUAUUCAUAUUAUGUUAAGCAUGAGAUACUCUAUAGUGAAAGUUAAUGGAUUAUUUUCCUCCAGAACAAUUUUAAAAUUAAUGUGUAAAUUACUAGUUCACUAGUAGAGUUACUGCCUUAUUAUUGAUAUUAUAGUUUUUUUUGUAAAAUACACAAAUUUUUUACUGUGUAUGUGAUCAGAAAUGGUGAACUGAAGUUAUUUUUUUCCAUGUAUAUAUGAGAUGGCUUCCAAAUCUUGAAAUUCUUUACCAUAGUUUUCAAAUUGUCAAACUGUUGUACAUUUUCACUUUUAAGACUUAGUGGGACCAUAAUUAUACCACACAGGGUAAAAUUAUUAUGCAAUAUAGGCCAUUGAAACUUAAUUUUUAUUCUAUUUCCAUUUAAAAAUUUUGAUUGCAAUUUUGAUUUUAAUUAAAGAAUUUGCCAAACUUAUGCCCUGUUCACACGGAGAGUUUAAUUCGCAAUAAAUUAAUGCGAAGUAAUUUAAACUAAUGCGAAUCAAAUUGAUGCAAAUUAAAUUGCGUUCAAACGACAGUUAAUGCGAAGUAAACUAAUGCGAAUUAAAAUGUUACUUCUGCAGCCCGGCGUCAACAUGGCUAUUAUGACGUCAUAUGCAAAUCAUGUCACCUUAUGCAGACGCAGAUCCAUUUGACAUAAUGGCAAAGUGUCUGUAUAUACACAUUUUAAUGAUUAACAAAAUUUUCCUAUGUUUUUCACUCAAAAAUAGCACAAGUACCUAUAGCUGACCACCGACAAGCAGCAUUUGACUAAAUUUUGCCAUUAUGCAUGCGUCAGAAUUUAAUUUGAAUUAGCUUCGCUUAGCGUUCACACGGAGCUAAUGCGAAGUAAUUUAAUGCGCAGUAAACUAAUUUGAAUUAAACUAAUUUGCAUUAAAUUCUCUGUGUGAACGCUAAGCGAAGCUAAUUCGCAGUAACUUUACGUUUUUAAUUCGAAUUAAACUCUCCGUGUGAACAGGGCAUUAUAUAGGACUUGUAUAGUUACCCUAGUCGCAGUCAUUACAAGGGAUUUUUGUAUUUAUUAAAUGUAAGCAUUUUUUUUAAUCCACUGUGAUAAAAACAAUAGCCUCUUGUGUACUCAGGGGCACAGAGAGGAUAUGUAAGUCAGUAAGGUGAUACAUACUUGUAUUUUAUGAAGUUUGUAACCAUGAAGUUAUAUAUUAAUGACUUCAGCAGGGUUUUCAAAAAAAAUUAAAAAGUGAUUGGAGGUACAUAUGUACCCUGGAGCAAUUGAAAAAAUGUUAUUGAGUUUUUCUUCCAUGUAUCAAAUCUUUUGGUUGGUACAAUCAUCAUUUCAGCCAUGUCAAAAUAUUUAUAUAGGCAGAUUUUAAAAGACCUGCUUAAGUCAUUAUGAUUAAUUGAACAUGGAUCUAGUUGUGAAAAAUAUUAAUAUAACUGUGAUAUUGGGGGUAUUGU